AUGUUGAUUCUGAAGAACGGCGGCUCAGCCCUAGAUGCCGUCGAGGCUGCCAUCAAGACAUUGGAAGAUCGAGAAAUUACCAAUGCGGGAUAUGGAAGCAACUUGGCUAUGGAUGGUGUCGUCGAAUGCGAUGCCUCUGUAGUGGAUCAUUACGGGCGUAGUGGAGCCGUCGGCGCUGUAGCUCAAAUCAAGAACCCUAUAUCUCUAGCACGAAUGGUCCACGAUCACACCAUGAGUCCACUUACGCUGCGUCGAGUUCCUCCAAACCUCUUGGUAUCCCAGGGCGCCACCGAUUUCGCUGUGGAGAUGGGAAUGCCGAUCCUGCCUCACGAUGCACUCAUCUCUCCUGCUGCGAAAGAGCGUUGGAUGCGAUGGCGCUCUGACUUAAGGGCUGCCGAGCGCAAGUCCAAAAAGAGUGGUGCACAUCCCUCAUGCUGGAAGAUCAGAGAUACUGUAGCACCAGCCGAUGAGCGGACACAGGAACGCAUGCGCGAACAACACACUCAGAACCUGCUGCAACCACAAUUACCCCCAAUUUCGGACGAUUUGAUGUACGAUCAAGGUGAGAACUCAUCUUCUGAUCCUUCGGUUCCUCCUUCAGAGCAGUCUUCGAACUUUUGGAUCAGCGAUGAGCAAACCAGUGCGCCCGACCUGACCGAUAAAGUAUCAUUGGCUGUCGACGUACGUCCUCCCACCGUUGUCGAUGCCUCUCGCAAUGCCUUCGUCAACAGCACGCAACAAGUACCUAACCUAAAAGAGUAUCGUCGCGAUGCAGGUUACGAGAGCAUCAUGGAAGAUGCGCAGAUGGAGGACGUCACCUACAUAUCAAAAUCGCGCAAAACAUGGGCCGACGGAUCUGGAGAGGACUUUGACUCUGAUUCCAGCGCGCAGACAGCCAAGGGCGGCCCUAUCGAGAAGUCUCAGCAUGACGCGAUCAGUAUCCGCCUACCAGAGACUCCAGACGAGAACGUAGCCAACUCGCGAUUCACCGCUGCAUCAACACCUCUGGGCCACGUCAAAGAGACAACGUCACUGCCGCCGAUGCCAUUUAGCCAGAGUCCGCGCGAUGCUGAGGAAGACCACAUUACGGAUACUGUUGGAGCUAUUGCGAUUGAUAGCUGGGGCAACAUUGCUUGUGGUGCAUCUUCUGGGGGCAUAGGCAUGAAGUAUCGGGGACGCGUAGGCCCAGCAGCUCUCGUCGGCGUAGGUGCUGCUGUCAUCCCUGUCGACCCUGAUGACCCCGAGCAGACGUCCGUUGCGACUGUUACAAGCGGAACCGGUGAGCACAUGGCAACCACCAUGGCUGCUACUGUAUGUGCCGAGCGUCUCUAUCAGAGCGUGAAGAAGAGCCGCGGUGGGGACUACGUUGAAGUCACCGAGGACGAAGCGCUCAGGGCGAUGAUCGAGAACGAGUUCAUGGGUCAUCCAAGCGUCAAGCAUAGCAACUCUGCCGGUGCCAUUGGUAUCCUUGGUGUCAAGAAGAUGCGCUCUGGCAUGCUGCUCUACUACGGACACAACACCGACUCGUUCGCCAUGGCAUCCAUGUCCUCGGAUGACAAUCGACCUGCCUGCUCGAUGUCUCGCAGCAAUGGCAACGGCCAGAUCGCGCAGGGUGGUCGGAUGAUGCCCAUGAAACGCAAUAAGAAAACCAAGUCGACCCCUCGUCGAUGA